AUGAGUUCCAUUUGGGCUCUCAUGGCCAGUUGGUUAACUUCCACCUGGCUCUUCCCCUUCCUCAGCCUCACCAUCCUCACCAUGUUCCUCACCUCACAUUUCGGCUCUCACAAAAAACCAUCACAACAACACCAACUCGCUCAUGCCCCGUCUCUGCUCGACCGAGUUAGGUCCUUCAACUUCUCACUCUACAAGUUCCAGCAAACCAACACGACCCCGAUCACAGAGUUUCUCCAACCCGAUCACGCCAAUCUGGAUCAUCCUCCUGCCCAACUCACCCGACCUCCUCUUUUGGACCGGCUCAACUGCUUCAACUUCUCAUCCCUCUGCAGAUCUGAUUCGUCGGCCGUCCCGGAAAUGGGUUCUGCAAAUCUCUCUCAAUCUUCUCUAGGAACUAGUACUCUUGCAACUUCGUCCAUGGCUUUCGACGGACCCUCUUCCUCUUCCUCCUCUUCUUCCAUUAGUAGAUGGGAUGUAUUCUUGAGUUUUAGAGGCAAGGAUACUCGUAACAAUUUUACUGCCCAUCUGUGCGCAGCUUUGCGUCGAGAGGGAAUCCUCACCUUCAUGGACGACAAGCUCAGAACUGGAGAGAAAAUUUCACCCGCACUUGUCAAAGCCAUUGAAGAGUCUGAUAUUUCAAUUAUUGUACUCUCUAAAAACUACACAUCAUCCCAAUGGUGCCUAGAUGAGCUAAUGAAGAUAAUCGAGUGUAGAAAAAUAAGGAGGCAAAAGGUUUUACCAUUGUUCUACGAUGUAGAUCCGUCAGAAGUACGACAUCAAACCAAAAGUGUUGGAAAAGCGUUUGCUACACUUGAAAAAAGGUUCAAGGAUGAUGUAAUGAAAGUACAGAGGUGGAAGACCGUCCUAAAAGAAGUGGCCGAUUUGUCCGGCAGUUCUCUGGCUAACAGGGUGUAUACAAGUGUAGGAGAUGUGAAUUCGAUAUUAGUAAAAAAGAAGUACUUUCAAGUUGCCCAAUAUCCAGUUGGAAUAGAGUCUCGUGUACAAAAGGUGAAGUCGCUUUUGGAUAUAGAGAAGAAAGACAGAAUAUGCAUGGUAGGGAUCUUCGGAACUCGUGGAAUUGGUAAGACAACUCUCUCCAAUGCUAUCUGUAACUCGAUUGAUGCUCAGUUUGAACGUAGUUGUUUUCUUGAAAACAUUAAAGAAGCUUUUAGCCAAAAGGAUGGUCUGAUCCAAUUGCAAAAUAAACUUCUUUCAAAGAUCAUAGGAAGUUCAAGUCCAGUGGUUGACAAUGUUGAUCAAGAAAGUACUUUGAUAAAGUUGAGGCUUUCCCGUUUAAGAAUACUUUUAGUUCUUGAUGAUGUGGAUAAGUCAAUCCAACUAGAAAAGUUAGCCGAAAAAGGUGAUUGUUUUGGCUUAGGAAGUAGAAUCAUCAUAAUAACAAGAGAUAAACUUUUACUUCAUGCACAUGGAGUUGAUUCAAUAUACGAGGUGAAUAAGUUGGAUCAUGAUAAAUCUCUUCAACUUUUUUGUUGGAAUGCCUUUAAAAGAGACAAACCUAAUGAUGGUUAUCGGGAUAUUGCAGAAAAUGUUCUACGUUAUAGUGAAGGAUUGCCACCAGAUUUAACAACGCAAGGCUUGGCUCUAAAGGAAAAGAGAUAUACUUUGUUGGAAAAGAAAACUGGACUAGUACAAAAGAAUUUAUGGUAA